GCAGUCUUGAAGGUCAGGAGGUUUAACAUCCUUUAUCCUUUUGACCUUUAAAUGAUCUCAAUAAUGUUCAUGCUGUGUUCCAACAACAUGUGUUAAUAUAAUAUGUGUUAAUUACUUACUUUAGGUGUAUUAGAAUCCUUUUACUUAAAUUGAGUUGGGAAGAAAUGUGAAAUAUUCAAAAUAAUAGACAAAUAUUCUGUCAAAUUAUGAAUUAAAAUGUCAGCUUUAAUCCUCUUGUUGUGUGUUCUCUUCUAUAAUGUUUAUUCAUUUUAUUUUUUGCAGAAGAUAUUUUGGGCCGCUACCGAAUUGUGAAAAAGCUCGGCCAGGGAGGAUACGGGACAGUCCUUGAAGCAGUUCGUCUGACGGAUGGUCUUGAGGUAUAUUUUACUCACUACAUCUAGCAAAAUAUUUCUCUCAGUGUCUGUUCAAGUCUGUUUAUUGUGUCACAUGACAUUGAAAAAGUUGAAUGACUGUGAUGAUUUGAGCUCAGAGCAAGAAUUACUAAUGUUUUGUUUUGUUGAUCAGGUGGCAAUGAAGGUGGUUGUGAAGAGCAGUGACAUGGAUUACCUCAGCAUUCCUGGUCAUCCUACACCCCUUCCGUUAGAGGUUGCUCUAACCAUUCUUGCCAACAAUGGUCCGACCGUUCCUCAGAUAAUCCGGAUGCUGGAGUGGCAGGAGAGGUCUGACUCCUACAUAAUGAUCUUGGAGCGUCCCUCACCCUGCGAAGACCUUUUUGAUUUUCUGGAGCGGCACUUAGGAACCCUCAGUGAGAACAUGACACGGCACAUCAUGUGGCAGGUAGUGCAGGCUGCCCACAUGUGCUGUCAGCGAGGGGUCCUCCAUCGGGACAUUAAAUUAGAAAACCUCCUGAUAAACAAGGAAACUCUGGAAGUGAAGCUCAUCGAUUUUGGCUGCGGUGACCUUCUGAAGACCUCAGCAUAUACAACAUUCUGUGGUAUGUAUUGUCCUUCAAGUCUGCAGUUUGAGAUUUUACUUCUUCAACUCCAUAUUUUGAACAGCAUCAGCUUUCUUACUGUCACUAAUGAAGAAAAUCUUCUUUUUUCAGGGACUGAAGAUUACUGUCCACCUGAAUUUAGAUCCAGUGGCAGGUACCAUGGAAAGGCGGCAACUGUUUGGUCACUGGGGGUUCUCCUGUAUGAGCUGCUGUGUGGAGAACCUCCUAAAGACAGUGACCUGGACUUGACAGACGAAAGAACUUGGAUCAAAUCUGGAUUGUCAAAAGGUGAGCUGGCCAUUUAUUACAGCAGAGAAAGCCAACUGUAAAUCUAAAUGACACAGAGGAAUAAUUCAGUGACGUUCAUCAGUUUUGGCCUUCAUGUUUCAGCAUCAUCAAAUCUUAUUGUUUGGAUUGUGAUUAUUAAAGCAAGUAGAUGUAGUUUAGGUAAUAAUAAUCAGACUCCUCCAUCUUUCUCCACAGAGUGCUGCCAACUGGUCCAGUCCUGCCUGCAGAGGAGCCCCAGGAAGAGGAUCGCUUUGGGGAAACUCAGCAGCCAUCGCUGGUUCAAGGUAUUCAAUUCUACAUUUUCUUUCUUGAGCAUUUUUAUACAGGAGGUGUGUACUAGUGUAACAUGGAGACCAACAUGUGUGUGUGUUGCUUGUUUCAGGUCACCAGAUAAAGAACAACAAGAAGUUCCAGAGCCCUCCAUCAAGACGAUUAUAUCAUCUGAUCUUCUACAUCUUCUUGUCAUGAGACUCAAAUAAAUGA